AUGGCCACAUCAGGAAAAACCGCCGUCAAGCUGGAUUCGCUCAACAAUGAAAUGUUCAAAGCGCUGAGAGAAAAAACGCUAAGUCUGAAGAAGGAAAAACUGCACGUCCAUUUAUCCGGAAAUAAUUUAAACGUAACUGCAAUUGACAAGGCAUGUCCCCUCACCUUUUUUAUGCUGAAGCAUAAGUACAAGAUAGACACACAGAGUAUCCAAAUUAAGGUGGCAAGUAGGGGCUCUGUCGGAGAGGGCAGUAUCGGGAGUGGAGCGGAUGCAUCCCUUAUACGAAGCGAACCCUCUCAUGGUGACAAUAACCAUGGAGGGGGCACCACCCCAAGGGUGGGAGAAAAAAGCUCACCCAACGUGGAAACCAACGCGGAUGUUAGCAGUGGCAUUAGUGCAACUGGAGGAACAAACUUCUUAGACUCAUUCAUCCAAUUCAAUAUCCCCGUUUUGAACGAAUUCGAUCGAGCCUAUUUCUACAAACACAUCAUUGAGAUAAUAGACACACUCGCUGCAGAUGUUGUGUACAGACAUAGCAUAGGAGGAUACAAAAAAAACGACAAAUACAAUUUCGUCACGGUCCUCUUUAACAACCUGAAGGUUUAUGAGAAGAGCCAACUCCAUCACGAGUUUUGUUUCUCCCUGUACGAGCAAAAGCCUUUGACCAUCAACUGUUACCUUGUCCACUCGGGGAACACCUCCUACAUAUUGAAGCUGGACUUUUUCCAAGAGAAUAAUCUCAUUUUCGAUAUAUACACAACGUUUGUAAAUAUAAACAGCUUAACAUUCAAACCGCAGGAAGUUGUGCCUGUGAUAAAUUCGCAUCAGAAUGAGAAGUACGAGCAGGUAAGUCUCUUUGCGGCACACCUCAAGGACGUGCAAAAUUUGUUUAACCACAAGGACGUGAAAAAUAAGUUUUUGCGACAAGAAGAUAUAAAUUUCAUGCUGGAUUAUUUUAAAAACACUCCUGUGGAGAAAAAGACUUAUGAGAAAAAUGAGUACCAAACUACGGACAUUUUUCAGUAUGACCAUGUUCAGGCCAAAUCGGCCAACGGGGGGGGCGCGUCAGGAGCAGGGGCAGGAUCGGGAGCAGUGGCAGGAGCCGGAGCAGGAGUAGGAGCCGGAGCCGGAGCAGCAUCGUCAGCUGGGGCUGCAAACAACGCGCAGGGAAAAAACGCCCUGCCGAUCCUCGGACACAUUUUGGACACAAACAACAUAGCCUUCUACACGGGGAAGAAUAACUUCUACUGCAAAGAUUCUUACAUCGAGUCGAAGAACUUCAUAUCGUCGGAAUUUAAAAACAUCCACAACGUCACCUUUGGCGGAUACCUAGCUUACCUCUCCUUCUGUCACGCCAUGACUGUAAUCAAGCACUACGUUGCUCGCCCAGUCCUUAUCGAGUUAAACGAAAUUCAGUACAUUCUGCCCGUUCCCUGUAACUCUAUCGUAUCGUUUAGGGGAAAAGUGAUUUACUGUGAUGCUGACAAAAUUCAGAUAAAAAUUGCAGCUUACUGUUUUGACUUGAAAAAAAAUGCUUACUACUUAACCACCAUUUUUGACAUGUCCUUUGAAAAUAAUUCAGCCAUCUCGUUUAUUCCCCAGUCGGAGGAGGAGGUUAAGCUUUAUUUGUUGAGCUACAUCCGUUCGCAGCUACUCCCAUAG